UCUCAUUUCCCUGGCAAAUGUGCCCAUCAGUUCCUUCUUCUCCCUUAACAGCUAGACAGUGUUCAUAUGGAACAGGAUGCAUUGAUGGAUCCUGCCCACUGUGCCAUUGCUUCCCUUCUAUACAAAGCAGUUUUUGUCCUGCAUAUUCUCUCAGGCACCGGUUCUGAGCUGGUAAAAGCUCCUUCUCAUAUCAAUGGCACCAAUGGGCAACCUCUUCGCCUGCCUGUGGAAUACAACUUCAACAUUCAAGAAGUGGAUAUCCAGGGCAGCUGGCUUGUGAGGAGGGCCAUGCAAAGUGAGCCCGAGCUGCUCGUGACAUUCACCAACAGAACCUCUAUUUUCGAUAUGAAGAUGGAGUACGCAAACAAGUUCUCCUUCCACCCACCCAACGCAUCCUUGCAGAUCAAUAAACUAGACGAAAUGGAAGAGGGCGAAUACAAAAUCAUAAUCAAUAUAAGAUUUCCAUAUGACCCCACACCAGUGACAGAGAGCAAAACCAUCAAAGUCACAGUUGAUGUACCAGUGUCUACACCAGUGGUUCAUAUGACCCCAACCUCUGAAGCAGUUGAAGACAGAGAUAAUGUGACCUUGUUCUGCUCUGUGGAAAAUGGAACAAGGAUCCAGUACCAGUGGUUACGAGAUAACUUCCCUGUUCCAGCCAGUGCUCGUCACAGAUUUUCUCAAAACCACAGACGUCUCUUCAUAGCUCCCGUGAGAAAAGAAGAUAUUGGGAACUACACUUGUGUAGUGAGGAACUUCAUCAGCCAGAAAAAGAGUCAGCCUACUGUGCUGAACGUUUUUUAUGGACCAUACAACCUGGCUGUGAAGUCGGAUCACGCGUUGCGGACUGGUGAAGUCUUCACCGUCGACCCCGAGGAGAUGGUGUUCUUCCACUGCUGGGCAGAUUCGAACCCGCCAAACAGUUACGUCUGGAUUUCAAAGGCCGACAACGGCACAAAAGUGAUCACGAAAGGCCCUCGGUUUGAGGUGGCCUCAUACCAGCUGGCUCACAGAGAGGAUUUCAUGUGCCGCGCUUACAACAACGUCACCAAGAAACAAGAUGAGACCCGGUUCACACUUGUGUUUGCCAAAUUGGGUAACGGCAAAGAAAAACAUGUGCACGAGGGAACCCCUCUGUCACCUCUGGCAGCGAUUACAGUGGCCUCACUCCUCAUAAUCAUGUGCAUGUUGUUUGUCCUUUUCCGAAAGACAUGUCACCCACAAAGAGUGAUAAAGAACAUUUACAACAGGCCUCUCACAGAACAAAAAAAACCUCACCUCUCAGGUCAUGAAGAUGCCACAGAAGAUUUUGGUAUCUAUGAGUUUAUUGCCAUACCAGGGAAGUCAGAACCUACCCAGGCAUCAAGCAGAUCGCUUUCACAACUGGAUUCAGUCCAGGAUUUACAUACUACAAUUUACGAUGUCAUCAGACACAUUCCAGAAACACCUUCACAGGGACUUUUGAAGUGACUCUUGGAGAUAUUGUCAGAGAAAUGUUUUUGUAAUAUACUGUAGCAGAUCUGUCUUGAAGAAGAAAGCUAUUUAAGGUAAUUUAUGAAGAACUCUCCACUGCUCCUGUGAAACACGUUGCAUGUCACAGGCGUUACUUGCAUUUAAGGAGAAAAAAUGGAGGUUUAAAAACCCCUCUCUACCUUGACUUCAUUCCAGGAUUUUCGGUUUUACGGUAUUUUUGUUUCUGGUUUUAUACUGUAAGAAAGACUAAUACCCAAAGUCUAUAUUUUUAAUUUCCAGCCAUAUUUGGCAUGAAUUUAAAAUUGAAGUAAAAGUCAUUUGCAUAUUUAUUUUGCUUUUGUGUUAUUUUCUUUGAUACUACUUUUAUACUAGAGGUCUUCUGGGAAUGACAGCUUCUGAAGCUCACUGUAUUUAUAAAUAUUUAUGUCAUGUAUUACACUUAAUGAAUUCUUCCUUCCACGCUUGAAUAUUUUGUUUUGCACACUGCAAAAUGCAUGAGAGUUGUCUUGAUGGUACAUGGGGGUGCAUGGCUGCAGAUGCAUUUUUUUUUACUCUUAAUAACCUUACGUCUUCUACCUCUUCAACCUUCUCCCC